ACGGCGAAGACGUCCGUGUCGGUUAAAAGUUUGUUAUUUCGAGUUUACCGGGUCAUUUAUCGCUUCGGCCGGAGCGUCAUUGAACGUUUAGCGUGCUCUCAUUUGACGUCAGUGUCAUGUAUAAAUGCCUUGGUAGCCGACCGUUGGAGCAUGCAGUUGCGAAACAGCAACCCCGAGAAGCACAUCACUACAGAGCUUGCAAAGCUCUUCCGUUCUAUCGUCGAAAGUUUCCCGAAAAUCUAAUCCACGACAUUAUCAAAAUGUCUCUCCCGUGCAAAGCUCUCGUCGCCCUUCUGCUGUUGUCGGUAGUCAACGCCAGGCCAAACACUGAAUUCGGUUCUACGAACCAAUCGGAACCCGUCGACCUGGAGAACACUGAUCCUCUGGAGAACGUCGACACAGCUGCCCAGACUCCACAGGUCUACCUGAUAAUCGCUGAAUCGUUGGACGAUCCCGAGAUAAUCGGUACACCAGCGGAUGAGGACGACGUUGAGAAGCGCAGCGCCGAGGAGUCCGAUGACCUCGAGACAGCCGCCGGUACCAAUGUACUCCGGCCACUUUUCGUUUACCGGCAACAACUCGCUUACCGCGAAAGAGUCAAGAAGGGAGCGUUCAGGCGGUCCGGAAUCAGACCUAGGUUCUAGUGCGUUGGUGGAAUCUUGCAUUAUGGUACCGAUGCUACAAGUUACCGCAUCAGUUUUUGUCAAUCAUUUCAUUCAUAUUACAUCACUCUUCGAUUUUGACGGUUUUCAAAAUUACGUCGACGUGAUUAAUAUUUUGAUCGAAUCAUUUAAAUUUCGUGCUUAUAUCAUUAGUUUUCCGAGCAAAUUUAAUUAUUUAUCAUAUUGGUGAUGACAAUGUGUGCAGAGAAUUUUUUAGAAACGACCAAGACUGAUUUCGAAGAAUUUAUGAUGGUGAUAAUUUGAAUUAACGCAAGAUUUUACUUUUAAAAAGCACACGAUCAUAUUGUAUAUUUGAUCUCAUAUUCAUCGAUAUAUAGGAUUCAAGUAUAUGUUGCAAAACGUAAGAUGUAUACCGUAUAAGUGAUAGAAAUAGCUUUAGGAGAUAGCUACUUACCAAAGUUAUUGGAUAAUUAGAAUUGCGUUUACACGUUGUAUUUUUGAUAACUUUGCGGAUCAUUAUUGUAGACGAUAGUGAUGUAAGAACGUCUUUAGAAUUAAUGUAUCUGUUAUGGAGUAUAUAUUUUUUCAAUAAUAUUUAAAAUAUGUGAUAUGCGUGAUUGUAUAUAAUCUAAAUAAACAAUAACUGUUUUACAACAAA